CGUGGGAGGAUCUUAACCAAGUCUAGAGUGAUACGAUCUGCUUUACAUUUUUAAAAGGGCACUUUGACCACUGUGGAAGUUGAAUGGAGGGAGAUGAGUCCAAACAGUGAGGCUGGCCAGCACUUUCUGCAAUAGUCAAGAGAUGAUGGUUGCUUGGAUUAGAGCAGUAGACAUGGAGAUGAUACACAGUAUCUUUGGAAAGUGGAGCUCUCAGGGCUUCUGAUAAACUGGAUAGGGGGUUAGGAGAGACAUGAAAGGUAACUGCCUUGAGACACUGGAUGAAUGGUGGUGUUAUUUACUGGGAUGGGGAAGACUUUGGCAAAGAACAAAUUUCAGGGCUAGGGGAACCAUUGAAGACAUGUAGAUGUUGAGUUUGAAAUAGCUGUUGAAAUGGCUAAGUAAGUAUGUUAAGGAAGGAGGCAGAUGGAUAUAUAAAUCUAGAACCAGGGGAGAAAUCGGGGCUGGAGGUAUAAAUCUGGGAGUCAUUAACAUAUAGAUGGCAUUCAGAUCCAUGGGAGAUCACCAUGAAAUAACAUGGAAGAGGAGAGAAGAGGUCCAGUCCCAGGAAUACACCAGUAUUUAAAGGCCCAGUACAGAAAUAGUAAUGAACAAAAAGAUCAAAGAAGGAGGAACUAGUAAAGCAUUUCGUCCCCUGGAAGCCUAGAGCACAAAUGCUUCAAGGAGAUAAUGAUCAAUUGUGUCAAAGUUGCUACUGUAGGAUGGUCAUUGGAUUUUACUUGAUGGAGGGUAAAUGACUGAGUCAUUAUUACAAUGAAGAUAGAAGCCUGAGUGGAUUGGGACUGAAGAGGAAAGGGAAGGUGAAUGGAGAAGGUGAGUACAGGUAAUUCCAAUCCUCGUGUUUUGCAAAGACAUAAGGGAAAGGGGAAUGAAGUAAAAGGAGAGUUUUUUGUUUUUUUUUUCGAGAUAGGGACACACUAGGUCAUGAUGAAGGAAACCGUCAGCAGAGCAGAAAAAGGCCUUUGCUUGGAGAAGAGGCAUUCUUCCUCUCAAAUAGGAGGGAAGGCAGAGACUCUUAAGUAGACAUGCAGGUAGGCAACGAUCUGGGAAAAUAAAGGUCUAGAGCGAUUCCCUAUUCAGUAGGGUUGUUUCUAGCAUUAGAUCUCACCCAAGCAGGCGGGGGCUGGGGAUCUGGCGAAGGUGCUUAAGCCCCACCCCGCGUGAGGAAACACAGGUCGUCCCUGCGCACGCGCGUUGCCCGUUUCCGCCAAGAGGGGGCGCGCGCGGCCUCAGAGGUAGCUGGUGUUGAGAGGCCGUUCCGGCCUCCACAGCCCCACGGGGUCUGGGACUGGCCGGCGGCGGCUGGAGGCCCCCUAGGGAGACCGCUUGCGGCGAGGGGGCGGGGGGUGGGGACGACGAGAUGGAGGACAUAACGAGUGAGCUGCAGUCUCUGCGGGAGGAGAUUUCUCUGUUAGAGCGUGAAAAAGAAAGUGAACUUAAGGAAGUAGAACAGGAGUUGCACUUGGCCCAGGCUGAGAUCCAGAAUCUGCGGCAAGCAGCAGAGGAUUCUGCAACUGAACAUGAGAGUGACAUAGCAUCCCUGCAGGAGGAUCUCUGCCGGGCGCAGAGUGAACUCGAAGACAUGGAGCGCAUUCGGGGAGAGUAUGAGAUGGAGAUCACCACCCUCCGUGCAGAGAUGGAAAUGAAGAGCUCUGACCCAUCCAAUAGUUUAAGUGCCUCAGAUUUCUCUGAGUUGCAAGAAGAAUUGCAGCAACUGCAGGAACGCUACCACUUCCUGAACGAGGAGUACCAGGCCCUGCAGGAGAGCAACAGCAGCCUCACAGGGCAGCUUGCAGAUCUGGAGAGUGAGAGGACACGGAGAGCAACAGAAAAGUGGCUGGAGUCCCAAACAGUAAGGAAUAUGAUAUCAGCAGGGUCUCAGACUUCGGAAAUGGAUUUCCUAGAACCUGAUCCUAAAACCCAGUUGUUGAGACAGCAGCUGCUGGAAGCUGAGGAGCAGAUGCAGGACAUGCAGAAUAAGUGUAAGGAAUUAUGUUGUGAGUUGCAAGAGCUACAUCAGCAUCGCCAGGCCAGCGAGGAGGAGCAGAAGCAGCUGCAGAGGGAGCUCAAGUGUGCCCAGAAUGAGGUGCUUCGGUUUCAGACUUCCCACAAUGUCACUGAGAAUGAGGAGUUGAAGUCCAGACUCUGUGCCCUGCAGCAGAAGUAUGAUACUAGCCAAAGUGAGCAGAGUGAGCUCUUGAAGGUCCAACUGCAACUUCAGACCGAGCUCCAGCAGCUCAAAGUCAUGAGACACCCAGCUGUAGAGAGCCAGAGUGAAAAGGAGUCACAGUGCCGGCUACAGAAGCUGCAGCUCCAGUACCAGCACAUCGUGUGUGAGAAGGAUAAGCUGCUGCAUGUGCAGCAGCAGCUGCAGGACAGCCUGCAGUACCACAAGGCCGAGGUGCAGCACCUCAGGGACACGGUGGCCUCCCUCCAGGACAGCAGUGAGAAGAAUGCAGAGUUGCAUGCCCAGCUCCAGGAGAUGAAGUGGCUGUACCACAGCAGCAAGGAUGAGCUGGAGCGGCAGAAGCACGCGUAUGAUCAACUUGAACAGGACUUCCUGCUUUGCCAGCAAGAGUUGAAGGAACUCAAGACCACUGAGCCCAUCCUAGAGGACAAGGGAAAGUGUGCUAAUAAGUGUGAUACCCUGCUAUACAGACUGACAGAAUUGCAGGACAAGUACAAAGCCAGCCAGAAGGAGAUGGGGCAGCUACAAGUGGAGCAGUGUGAGCUCCUGGAGAAUCAGAGGAGGAAGCAGGAGGAGCAGGGCCAGCUGCAAGAAGAGCUGCACAGGCUCUCGUUCCCACUACCCAAGUCUGGGCUCUUCCGUAAGAGUCAGGAGCUUCUGACAAAGUUACAGGAUCUCUGGGAACUACAGCUACUCUACCAAGGAAUGCAAGAGGAGCAGAAAAAAGUGAUACACAAUCAAGAAAGCGUAUUAAAAGAACAAUCAGAGCUGCACAGAGAGCUGCACCUUUUCAAAGUAUCUCGUUUCCGAGAAGUGUUGGAGAAUCCUGAGGAUUCCAAAUCACCUAAGUCUUCAAAAUGUGGUCAAAAUAAGUCCAAGAUGAUCAUCACCCAGAUGCAGGCCCUACAGGAGCUGUACGAGGCCAGCCAGACUGAGCAGGAGCUGUUGCAGCAGGAGCAGGGGCGGCUCCUCGAGGAGCGGGCGAGGCUGCAGGCCGACUUGCAGCUCUGCAUGGAAGAAAUGCAGCUGCUCCAGGUCCAGGCCCCUUCUAUGAAAGUGAGCCUUGAGUCCUACAAGAGGUCCUAUGGUAGCAUGGCCACCAGCAGUGAGAAGUGUCACAGUAGUUCCUGUAGCAGCACUGGUGAUGAGAGCUGCCACAGGAGCUAUGGCAGUGGCAGCAGUGCCUGCGAGGCCCAGAGCAGCAGCAGCAGCGGCUCUGACGCCUGUUGCAGGAGUCAUGGUGGCAGCGGCGGCUCUGACACCUGUUGCAGGAGCCAUGGCAACAGCAGCAGCACUGACGACAGACCUGCUGAGCCUGAAGACAUGGAGCACUUUGAAGACACAGUGGCCAAGGUGCUGUGCCAGCUGCAGGGAGUGCAGGCCGAGUACCAGCUCAGCCAGGAGGAGAAUGGGCUGCUGCAGGAGCGCAUGGGAAAGCUUCUGGGCAAGCAGAAGUUGCUGAAGGAAGAAUUGGACACGUGCGAAAAGGAAUUCAAGGAGUUCAUGAGAAGCCUUGAGAAGCCUGUUGCCUCCCAAAAUGACAAGAAUGAGAUCAAAGAGCUGCAGGCCAAGCUGCGGGAGCUGCAGCUGCAAUAUCAGGCCAGCAUGGACGAGCAGGGGCAGCUUCUGGCAGUGCAGGAGCAGCUGGAGGGGCAGCUUCAGUGCUGCCAGGAGGAGCUUCGCCAGCUCCGGGAAGAGAAGUCUGUCACCAAAGAAACCAAAGGAGAGACUGGCAAUAAGAAUAUGAACAAGAAUGCUAAUGGGGUUAAAAAUAAAAAGGUGACCAAGCCAAGCCUGGACAGUCAGGAAGACAGUUGUGAGACUGGAAAGAGUCUGGAGGUGGUAUUGUACUACAAGGCUGACUCUGCGGACUUAGAUGGUCUAACAAAAGAGGAAAUUGAGGAAGGAAAGGAGGACAUCAAAAUGGGAACAAAGGAGGAGUGCUGGGAUGAACUAGCUUCUGAGCCAUCAGACCUGCCAGGGAUGAAGUCCAUAGAAGAUCAGGAGGGACAUGGGAAGUCCCAAGACCAGGACGACAAGAAAGAAGACAACAAAGAUGAGGAUAACAGUGACUCUUGUCCUGAAGCUUCAGAGGAAAACAACCCCCUCAAACUUUCUAAGAACAAAAAGAACAUGUCUGGGAUGUGGAAGCCUAUGGUGUUCUUGGCAAUUGCGGCUGUGGCUCUGUAUGUGUUACCCCACAUGCGACUGCACGAGACAGGGGUCUACCUCACGGAGUGAUGGCAGACCUGGGCCAGCCGAGGGGCGGAUCCCCAGUGCAUUACCCUCAACUUUGGGCAGGACACACUGUACCAGAGCCCCUGCCAUCCAUAUGCCCCAUGUGUCCCCAUUUCCUUAGCCUCUGUCACCCAGGCUAGAAAGGCUUAUGGGGAGCUGCUGGCUGCCAUCUCCUGCCUUGUAUAAGAACCUGGGUUCAUUGUAAUUAAAUAUCAACCUAAUUACAUGAGA